AGUCGCGUCCGUGCCAAGGAGAAGGCGUAGACUUCCUUCAAACAUUUCCUCCACCAUCUCCGCUUUCGUGCCUCAAAGUUUUGUGAAAUUUUUGUUCCGAGAGGAGUUUUACUUUAAAAAAAACAUACUAAUAAUUAAAAAACAAUCUCUACCUGAUCGCUUAUUGCCUUUGCUUUAACACACCGAAGAGUCCUGCUCUGCGAAUCUUCUCGCAUCUGAACUUUUUUGGCGACAUGGACUGGGGAACACAGCUCUGGGAUCAGUAUGAUGUCAUCGACAAGCAUACACAGUCGGGCCUUGACCUGCUGGACCGCUACAUCAAAUUUGUGAAGGAGCGGUCAGAGAUAGAACAAAAUUACGCCAAGCAGCUCAGAAAUCUCACAAAGAAAUAUGCCAAACGUGGAAACAGGGAAGACCAAGACUGCAAGUUCAGCAACCAUGCUUCAUUCCAGGAGAUCCUCAACGAGCUAAACGAUUACGCCGGGCAACGUGAGCUCAUUGCUGAAAACUUGAUAACUGGCAUCUGUGUUGAUCUCUUGAAGAAGCUUCAGGAUUUUAAACAAGAACGGAAAACGCACCUGGCUGAUGUCAAGAAGGCCCAGCAGAAUUUAGAGAGCAGCUUUAAGCACCUAGAAAAUACGAAGAAGCGCUAUGCCAAGGAGUGGGCGGAGGCGGAAAAAGCCUCACAACAAGCAGAGAAAGCGGAGAGCGAGGUCUCUGCUACCAGAGUCGAUGUCGAAAAAGCCAAGCAGCAUGCCCAUGCUCGCACUCACAUGGCAGAGGAGUGCAGGAACGACUAUGCAGCAGAACUCCAGAAAUACAACAAGGAACAGAACUUCCACUAUUACACCGACAUACCGCAGCUCCUCAAUAAAUUGCAAGGCAUGGAUGAGCGGAGGAUCUGGAGCCUUGCGGAUGGCUACUGCAAGUUUUCAGAUAUUGAGAAGAAGGUGCUGCCCAUCAUCUCAAAGUGUCUAGAAGGAAUUUCUGCUUCUGGGACAAAAGUUAAUGAGAAACAGGACUCUAUUCUGGUCAUCGAGCAGCACAAAUCUGGUUUCGAGCCGCCUGCAGAUGUGGAGUUUGAAGACUACUCCCAGGGCAUUAAAUCGGCAACCUCAGAGUCCAGCCUCAACCCGCCAAAAGUGCGCGGCCUGAUCUGGCCGUUCAGCAAGAAACACAAGCAAACUCCUGCAGAAGAUUACUCUCACCUUCCUCCGGAGCAGAGGAAGAAGAGGCUGCAGACGAAGAUUGACGAUAUCCACAAAGAUCUGCAGAAGGCACAGGACCAAAGUGAAGCCCUGGAGAAGAUGAAGGGUGUGUACGAGCAGAAUCCACAGAUGGGAGACCCCUCCAGUCUGGAACCUCGGAUCCUGGAAAUGACCCAGGACAUGAGCCGCCUGAGGGGAGAGCUCACCAAAUACGAGACGUGGCUCUCAGAAGCUCUGGGAGGAGAUGAAUCUCCAUUUCCUGUCAACAACAACACAGAGUAUGGGACGAGCAUGUCCAGCAGGGUAACACAUGAUCCUGAUGCGAACAUCUACGCAGAGUUCGAUGAAGAGUUUGAUGAAAUAGAAAGUCCUAUUGGCCAGUGCACAGCUCUGUACAACUUUGAAGGCAACAGCGAGGGCACCAUUUCCAUUAAAGAGGGAGAGCUAUUGAGCAUAAUGGAAGAGGAUAAAGGCGACGGAUGGAUGAGAGUCCUUAGAGCCAGUGGAGACGAGGGCUAUAUACCUUCAUCCUAUGUCAAACUCGCAUCCUAACUUCCAUCACAGAGCUUGUGCUGGAAGUUAACAGCCAAAGGUGAACACAAAGUCAUUCCAGAUAAUUGGAGCUGCUCUCUACAUCUUUUAUCUCAGCUAGUGAUGUGUAUGGAGAGAUGAAAGUGAGUGAUUAUAAAGCUUGUUAUCGAGGCUGAUCGCAAUAUCAUACACUCCAUCUCUGCUCGCCGUGGCAGACGUUGCCUCUAAACGCAGACGGACGAAACUUUGACUUUUAUAGAUGUCAGCUCUUUUAAAACAGAAAAACACCAAACUUUUGAAUGUAUGCCUGAACAUUUUGUCACGUGUGAAGUGACCACUCCUGUAACAUACUUAGAUAUGUUUAUGGCAAUGUUUGUAUCCAUCCACUUGACUUUCCCACUAAUGAUUUGAAUUAACCUGCUGAACCUUUUCUUGUUUUAACACCAACUAUUUACCCAAUUCCUUCAUGUGAGAGGAUAAUGUGAGGGGUUUUUAUUAUUAUUAUUGUUAUUAUUAUUUAGAAAUGUGAUGUUUAAUUAUUUUAACUGAAAACCACUACUCAGUAGGGAGUGCACAAUGACCCUCCCAGUAGACAGUGAGAGGAAAGGAUAGGUUUACAUGUGUUUAUGGUCUGUUUGGAACAGAACUCGGGCCCUCUGUGAAGAUUAGUCAUUUUUCUCCAUGGCUUCACCAACCGGUUAUUCAAACACUUUCACUUUGUUGCUGACUCCUCCUGACCUGAUUCAGACAUGCCGCGACAAUGAUGGAGACAGUCACGCUAUGGAAGUGUAACUAUACUUUUGAACAUUUAGAUCUCGCCGCAAUUGUCAUGCAGAGCACAGCGUUUCUGUCUGCACGGUGCCGCUCAGAGACCUGUAGCUUGCCCGUCACACACAGGCCCUGAAAGCGAGCGAGAUUUCUCUUCUAGAUUGGGAAAGGGGAAACUGCAGAGGUCUGUCUUAAUCUUAUUGGAAAUUAAUAACUGACUUGGCGAGAUAACGAAAGCACAAUGGUUGUUGCUGUCUGGGGCAUUUUCUGGUGAGUCAAGCAACUCACAAAGCGCCUGUGCACGGUCUAAUCCGGCGCACGCUCCUCGGUUAACUCGUGGCAUGCGUUCAGGCUCGUGUCGCGUAAAAAGUGAUACAUAAAUGUUACACAUUCCAACACAGUGACGUUUACAGAAAAGUGGCCAUGAAGCUGUCAGAAUAAAGGAAGGUGGCUGAAAGGGGGCUUAUGCAGGAUCUGAGUACUGUGAAGACAAGACUUUUUAAACAAUGUGAACCUAUCCUUUGUCUUCACACCAGACAUUGUAGUUUCUCUGUGACAGAGGGUUGGAAGGGAACUUGCUUUGCGGUGCUUUUUGUGAAUUAAAGGUUUGUCCGAAGUGAAAGGAAAAGUGCUGGCGAUGAAAGAUCAAAGUUGUGAAAAAAAAAAUGCAGAGUUUAUUAAUUUGUGAUCCCUGUGAAUUGCUCAUGUUCGAGGGUGCAGCUUCACUGGCUUUAUCAUAUCUGUUAAUACAAAUGUGGUCUACACGCAGCCUUUGGCGGUGGUUGGACUCACGCUGGAGGGGUUUUAGCUCUCAUGGUCAGCUGUUUGCUUUCUGUUUCUCAUAUUCUCAAAUGGUUUAAACUGCAUGUUUCCUGAAUGUUUGCCUGGUCAGAUUGUCUAAAAUGAGGGCCUUUAAAAAAAAAAAAAAAAACCUCUUUCCUUUUCUUUUUUUCUUUAAACUUGAAAUGCCGAUGGCCCGUUCAGCCAAUAUUCUGAAGAAUCACGGCAUCAGUGGAAAGGAAAUGAGUUUUAUGAUUCACCUCCUCACUGGAAUCCCUCCCAACAGCUAUCUAAUAUUUCUAAAAUCAAAUCUGAAACGUUUAAAGAUGAGCCACAUAAGGUUUACUCACAUCUUCUCCACCACUCUGACCCGCACCAGUAAAUGUUUUCUCAACAUUUAAAAGGAAUCAUUGUCAUUUUUUAAAAGAAAAUGUUUGUAUUUACUUGUAUCAUAAAAAAGGAAAAACA